AUGGCGGAACAGGGUUCUGUCCCAACCGACAAACAGAGUUUCAGCAAUCUGGAGAGAUUUACUUAUUUUAAAAAAGAAGAUUUUGAACUAGACUGGGAUAAAGUGUCCAGCUCCAGUUUCAGUCAUGUCUACAAAGUGAAGCUCAGGCUGUGGCGCGAAAGGUGUGCGGUCAAAAGCUUCCACGACUCGAGGGAGUACAGAAACAUGUUGCAGGUCACCAAAAGAGGGAAUGUAAAAUUUAAAUACCUGAUAUCCAUUUAUGGGCUGCGCAAGGACCCUCCUGCCUCAGUAAUGGAGUUUAUGAACAAAGGAUCUCUGGAGGACCUGCUCACAAGUCACGUUUUAAUGUGGCCAAAGAAGUUUCAAAUGAUCCACGAGGUCACCAUGGGCAUGAACUUCCUACACAGCAUUAAACCGCCUCUCCUUCAUCUGAACCUGAAGCUCUCCAACAUCCUCCUUGAUGAUCAUCUGCAUGUCAAGGUUUCAGAUUUUGGGCAGAUUAAAUGGGAAGACUACAGUAACAAGACGGCGUUCAUUGAACACUUGGCAGCUCGGGGAAACAUUAACUACAUCGCUCCGGAGACUUUGACCCAGAAUCCUGAACCUCUGACGUCAAAAUAUGAUGUUUACAGUUUUGCCAUUGUGGUGUGGGAGAUUCUGACCCAGACGCGACCGUACACUGGAAUGAAUAUGACUGAAAUAUUGAUACGAGUGUCGUCUGGGAAAAGGCCCAGCGUGGAAACCAUUGCUGACGACAGGCCACAUGAGUGUGAGGAAAUGAUUGGCAUGAUGCAGCAAUGCUGGGACCAAGACUGGAGUGAACGGCCAACAUUCGCAGAGACGGUGCUGUUGACUGAAGCUCUAAGUGAUGUCCUGAAAGUCCCAGACCUGUUACCCGGCAGUGCGAUAAAGAGGAGGUCGUCUAAAAUUGAAUCAGCUUUGUUUUCCUUCCUAAGGAGAGAUUCAAAAGAAAUUCCUGAGGUCGGUUCGGCAGAUAACUACAUUUAUUUAUACUUAAAACACAAGAACUUUGAAUCCUUCAAGAAAGUCUUAAAAAAAGAUCAUAUCUCGUUGACUUUUAAAGACGGCAGCUCUGUUCUUCACCAUGCUGCUGCCAGUGGCGAUGCCGGGUGUGUGAGAAUGGUGUUAAAUCAUGGGGCACCAGUGAACUGCCAGAGCAACAGCGGCUAUACACCACUUAUCAUUGCUUUGCUAAAAAAGUCUUAUGACAUCUGUGGCCUGCUGGUGGAGCAUGGCGCGGACGUGAACCUCGGCGACCAAGAUCUCUGGAUGCCUCUGCAUUUCGCCGCACAGGCUGGUGACGACCGUGGUGUUCGCUUGUUAUUGGAUGCCAAAGCAGCAGCCGAUCCGAAGGACAAAGACGGAUGGACUCCUCUACACCUCGCUGCUCAGAACGGUCACGAAAACGUCGUGAGGCAUCUUCUCCCGCGGCUGAGCGAAGUCAACGAGCGAGAGGUGCAAGCCGGAAGUACUCCGCUUCAUACAGCAUCGAUGUACGGCCACCUGAAGAUAGCCAGUCUCCUUCUGUCCAAGGGAGCUGACCCACACACAACAGAUAACGCUCAGGCCACCGCGCUGCACCUAGCGGCCGAGGGGGGUCACUUUAGGGUGACGCGGCUUCUGUUAUUACACGGCGCAGAUGUAAAUCGCAAAGACCAACGCAGCUACACCGCUUUGCACUUUGCGGCUCUCAGAGGAUGCACAGGCAUCUGCAGGAUCCUGCUAAGCCAUGGCGCGGAUGCUAACGUUAGGACUUUGCAGAACUGGACGCCGUUGCAUUUGGCAGCACUGAAAGGUCACGCAGAGACUGUGCUGAUUUUGGAGGAGAACGGCAGCUUGGUGGACACGCAGGGCAAGGGAGGAUGGACGGCGCUACACCUUGCCUGCCACCACCAAUUUGAGGAGGUCGUCUCGGUGCUCAUGAGCGCUGGAGCUAACCCAAAUGUGGUUGAGGAUGAAGGCUGGACACCUUUGCACUUAGCCUGCCACAAGGGGAGCUUUACCAGCGUGCUGCGGCUCAUUGCCGGGCAUGCUAACGUGAACGCGGAGAACGGUUGUAAGGACACGCCGCUGCACCUGGCCGUGCAGUCCAAAAACGUCCCGAUAGUCAAAGCCCUGCUGAUGAACCAUGCGGCUACGGACAGAGUCGACUCUAAAGGGCUGACAGCUUUAGACUUGGCUCCGCAGGGACAGAUGGAAGAAAUGGUGCAGUUACUGAAGAGGUAGAUGACAAUGUGACCAGGACAGACAUUUAAAUCAUUUUAUAAUGACAGAUAACAUCAGUGAGGCCGAGGAGGACGGACGCAUUGAUCUCCUGUAUUGAUUCCUCCCCGUUGUAUACGGUGCUCUUUCCUCUGCUGUUCUGAUUUAUUUUUCCUCUUUCGUUAAUGUGUUUCUAUUGAUCCCACUCAGGGAUAUUUUCAUAAUGUGAUGAGUAAUUGAAGGAAACAGAAAGGCCAGCAUCAGGGACACGUCUCCUCGAAGGAAUGAGGGCUUCUACA